GACAGGAUGGGGGAGCUGCUGCGCCUGUGCGUGCUGGCUGCGCUGCUGGGCACAGGGGGCGCCAUCUCCUGCUAUAACUGCACCAGCUCGGAAGGCUACAACUGCACCACGAACCAGGCCACCUGCACCAGCGCCGUCAACAGCUGCAUCACCAUCGCCCGCGACGAGGAGCAGGGGGACGAGGACAAGGAGAAGACGGUGUACGAGAAGAAAUGCAACUCGGACGACCGGCUCUGCAACCAGUUCUAUGGGCUGACGGCCGGCGCCUACCGUCUGCGCUGGAACUCAACGUGCUGCCGGGCGGACAGCUGCAACUUGCCUGAGAUCACCCUGCAGCCCAGCUCUGGGGUGCCCAACGGGCUGCGCUGUCGCUCGUGCUUUGCCCGCGGCUCGGACGUCUGCGUGCCCACCGAGGUGCUGAACUGCACAGGCCUGCAGACCCGCUGCAUCCAAUUCGCUGCCACCGCCGGCCAAGGGUUCGAGAGUCUCCGCGUGGCCUUCAUGGGCUGCGCCACCCGCAGCCUGUGCGACGUGGGCGCCGUGGCCCUGUUCGCCGCCCAGCCCCAGGCCGUGCUCCAGACCAGCCUGUGCAGCGCGGCGGGGGUGGCCCGGGGGGGGCUGCCGCUCCUCAGCCUGGGGGGGCUGCUCCUCUGGGCGCUGCGGCCCUGA